GUUGGCUAUCCAUCAGUAUCGUCCUUUGGAAUGCAUGUUCUCAAAAUAUGCGAUUUUGGAUUGGCCCGUGAAUUGCCGUUGCAGAUAGGAGCUGAUGGUGAGCCACUCCCCUACAUUCAGGGACGAUCCGAUGAAAAAAUACCGUUCCGAUGGCUAGCGCCAGAGGCUUUGAAAUUCAAUGAGUUUUCCACUAAAAGCGAUGUAUACGCCUACGGAGUCACCGUGUGGGAAAUAGCGAUCGAUUGUUCAGCAGAACCAUACCAAGAUAUGGAUCUCUCGUCUGUGCGGACUCGUGUUUCAACUGGAGGUACGUUGCCUCUGGACUACAUCCAUCCAACACUGGCUACGGUAAUCAAGGGUUGCACACAAGCAUCCGUUGACCGUCGCCCAACCUUUCUGGAGAUGGCGGAGUUGUGCGCUAUUGAGCUCAGUGAAAAUCACAGCUUCAACGAUAUCAUUGCUCGGAAGUACACAGAAAGCGGCGAUAUCAUUCUGGUCCGUCCAAAGCCCGGUCUGUCUAUCCGUCCGUUGCCUCCAGCACCGCUUCCAUCUAUUGGAUCUGCUGAUGAAAUUAUCUAUGAGACUACCGACUCUACGGAUGACGUGGGACCGCUGAGAAUGUCCAGCCGAUAUAUUGGGAUGCGCGGAUGGUUCUACGAAGACAGUCACAUGUACUCUAGUUCGAUUAUCAGUGGCAAGGGUCCCGUCGACCGACAUGUGAGCUUCAACAGUGUCAAUUGUGACAGUGACAAAGACAGCGGGGUCAGAGGACUCCACAACCUCAAUAUACCAAUAAGACCAAGCAGAGGCGGCUGUGCCGGCGUGUGGGAGAAUCCGAACAGCAGAAAACGCUUGCUCUCUGCAGGUCUACUGGCUUUGGUGCUUUUAUUGAUAGCUAUUAUGCCUGUCCUGAUUUACUUUGUAGUCAUCCCUGCUUCAAAGGAAGCGGCUGUGGGCCAAAAUACAGGUGCAACACCACCGAUCACGACAUCAUCCCCUCAGCUUCCAAAUGGAGGUCUAGCCGAAUUUCCAACGAUCCCGCAUAGCCGGAACAAAUUCGUAAUUAAGCUUUUCGAUACUACUAUCAACACAACCAGCAACUCCUGUUUUGAUGGAAGCCAGUUUACCUCAUGCGACAAGGCUAUGAAAUUCGGGUGGGUUGGAGAACACAGAAUCGCGGCUGUCGGCGACAGAGGCCAGUGUCUUGCGAAUCUAAGAGGUGAUAGCACAAACUGUACUGAGAAUAGCCAGAACGAAAUAUUCUGCGGAGGGAAAGAUUUCUUGGGUAUUGAUUUGGUGAACUUCCAUCAGGCCAGCAAAUGCACACAAGCCCCGGAAUGGGAGGUUGCCUUGAUACACGCAGUGACAGACAAACCAACAGCCAGAAGAAGCUCUACUGGUAUCACUAAGUUACUGGCUAGACGUGAACCCCUGGUAAGAACUGACCGGCGUGUGAAUGCGGGAAGAAACGGGUGGGAAGAGAGUAUGCCACAGAGGCAAAGGCGGCGCCAGCGUGAGAGUACACAAACACCUCCUGAGGCUCCUUCUACAGAUACUUCAUCCACAGCAUCCACAUCUACAGAUGAAACAACGACCGUAGACGAGGCUACUACCAGUGAAUUUGAACCCGAGCCCACACAAUCACCUACAAGCGCACCCUCAGGUGCUCCCACACCAACUCCAUCGCCUGAACAGGCCCCCUCACACACACCCUCACCCUCAAUUGAGAAGGUGACUGCUACGAUCGACAGUACACCGCUACCAACUGUCUCAAGUGAUGAUGUAACUGCUACUACUACAUCAGUGGAGACGGGAUCAGAAGCUGCACAAGCAACCUCGGGUAUUCAGGUGGUCACACUACGAGACAGGAACACAAAAGAGCUGGUGAAAAACAGACAGUACUUUGUGGGGGGCGUUGAAGUGCAGUACCUACUUCUCCGUCGCAGGGCUGAGCGAAACGUGGCGUAUCUGGUGCUCGAGGAAGACAUUGACGAACAGAGUCAAGCGCGACCGUCGUGAUAGAUCGAGACGUCGUUAAGUGAAGGUUGUACUUAAGGGGAACUGACUGAAUAAUAAAGUAGAGUGUGCUUGAUGUA